AACACCACUGACUGUGAACGUCUGGCACGAAUCUUCAAAACAACUUCUCGUCGGUCAGCUCGAACACGGGGGUAAUGUUAUGUUAACAAGAACCAUGAAAAGAGCCACGGCGGCAGGAGGAGCAGCCGGAAAAAGGGCCGCAGGUGGCCGCAGAGCGAAGAAGGCAGGUGUUCAAGAUGGCUGUGCCCCACCUUGCUUAUCUGACAAUGCCCCUGGUGACCCCACAGCAAAGCCACCACAGGACAGAGAGAGGAGGAGUAGAAGGAGGGGUCUUGUGAUCGAAUAUGAAUCUGACAGCAUUGAUCCAAAAACUUCCAGGUGGGAACCACAAAGCUGGGAGAGGCAGCUGGAGAACAUCCGGGAGAUGAGGAAGAACAAGGACGCCCCUGUGGAUCAGAUGGGAGCCGACAAAUGCUUUGACCGGGAUGCCACUCCCAAGGUAAUGCGAUAUCAGGUUUUGAUGUCACUGUUGCUAUCCAGCCAAACCAAAGACCAGGUGACAUCUGCCGCUAUGGAGAAACUCCGAGGUCAUGGCCUGUCUCCAGAGAACAUUCUGCACACUGAUGACAAGACGCUGGGAGAGCUCAUCUACCCCGUUGGGUUUUGGAAGAGCAAAGUGAAAUACAUAAAGCAAACGACGGAGCUGAUUGUACGCCAGUACGGCGGUGAUAUUCCUGACAGUGUAGCUGAGUUGGUAAAGCUGCCGGGCAUUGGACCAAAGAUGGCUCACCUCAUUAUGGACAUCGCCUGGAAUAAGGUGUCUGGCAUUGGAGUUGACACACACGUGCACAGGAUCGCCAACCGGUUGAAAUGGGUGAAGAAGGAAACAAAGGCCCCGGAGGAGACAAGAGUGGCAUUAGAGAGCUGGCUGCCGAGGGAGCUGUGGAGUGAAAUCAACUGGCUGCUGGUGGGUUUUGGUCAGCAGGUCUGCUUGCCCGUCAGUCCCUGCUGCUCAGACUGUCUCAACCAGGGCGUCUGCCCCUCGGCCAGAAGGGGCAGAAGCAAAGCCAAAGCCCAGAACAAGGCCCAGUAGCUGAGGUUCCACAGACGUCACCCGAAGACGUUGAAGAUCUGCUCCAGUUCCUCAGGUAUGGCAUCUUGUCACACAUGAGUGGACACAGUGGGGUUAACGGUGAGAGUGCCACCUGAAUGGCUGCAGGAAAUAAAACAUUUCAGGAGAGUAAUGUCAGCUUCAAAAUAAGACGGGCAGCCGCUAGCAUCCUGAAGGUGGAGAGUAGCCACGGCCUGGGAGCUUUGGAGCAAGCAGACGUGUUCUCCGCAUGUCACUUGACCCCGAAAGAGAGCGAACGUCACUUUUGAACUUUUGUACUUUAAAUAAAUCAUGACGACUGCACCUCA